AUUCACAGCCAGAAAUACAUUCUUGCCGUUGCACGGAUCACCGUGAUUCGAUCACGUCGUUCGUAUUGUUUCGUAUUGUUUUCACUGUGAAUUAUUUUUGGAUUAUCUGAUGUGUUGUUGAUGUUUUCUCGCGAAGCUUCUUCGUUGCGUUCUCAACGAAAAUUUGUUCGUGUAAAUACAAUCGAAUAGUCAGUAUUUCCACAUUUUCGUAAGAAAAGUCAUCAAGAUGCCGGUAUUUCAUACGAAAACUAUAGAAAGUAUUCUUGAGCCUGUAGCACAGCAGGUUUCGAGGCUUGUUAUUUUACAUGAAGAAGCUGAAGAUGGAAAUGCAAUGCCUGAUUUGGGUAGACCUGUACAAGCAGUUAGUAUGGCUGUGGCAAAUCUUGUGAAGGUUGGGAAAGAAACAAUAAAUUCUUCUGACGAUGCAUUGCUUAAACAAGAUAUGCCUGGUGCAUUACAACGCGUUGAAGGUGCUUCUCGAUUGUUGGAAGAAGCAUCGGCUAUGUUAAAACAAGAUCCAUAUUCUGGACCAGCUAGAAAAAAGCUUAUAGAAGGUUCUCGCGGUAUCCUUCAAGGAACUAGUUCGUUGUUGCUUUGUUUCGAUGAAAGUGAAGUACGCAAAAUUAUCAGAGAAUGUAAAAGAGUAUUAGAUUAUUUGGCAGUAACCGAAGUUAUUGAAACAAUGGAGGAUUUAGUUCAUUUUCUUAAGAAUUUAAGCCCUUGUCUCAGUAAAGUAUCGAAAGAAGUAAGUGCCCGCGAGAAAGAGCUGACUCAUCAAGUGCAUAGAGAGAUUCUUGUACGCUGUUUGGAGCAAGUGAAAACACUUGCGCCAAUUCUUAUCUGCUCUAUGAAAAUUUUCAUCCAUAUUAUCUCUCAAGGGGGCAAGGGAGCAGAAGAGGCAGCAGAAAAUAGGAACUAUCUGUCCAGUAGAAUGUCAGAUGAAUUAAAUGAAAUUAUCAGAGUGUUACAGUUGACAACAUAUGAUGAAGAAGAGUGGGAUGCUGAUCAGUUAACAGUUCUGAAGAAGGCACAGAGUGCUAUAGAAUCCCGAAUACGGGCUGCUUAUGAUUGGUUGGAUGAUGGACUUGCUUUGCGCGGUGGAGUAGGAGAAAAGAGUCUCCGUCAAAUAGUUGAACAAGCGCAACGUUUAGCAGAAAGAUAUCUUCCUCCGUCUCAAGCAGAGCCAUUGAAUAAAUUAACUUCAGAAAUUGUUACUAUGACCAACGCUCUUUGCGAAUUGCGACAAAAUGAAAGAGAAACCACGCCACAAGCGGAAGUGUUAGCACGUGGUAUUAAAGAGAAGAUGAACGAGCUUCGCAGUUCUAUUGCCUGCGCUAUAGAAGCUGCUGAUAAAUCUGGAACCACACAAACCGCGCAUACGGUUGCAGGCCGUUUAGAACAAGCCAACAAAUGGCUUCUGAAUCCUCAACACGAUGACAAAGGACUUGGCCAAAGGGCUAUAGCAUUGAUUAUACACGAAGGAAAGAAGGUUGCCGAGGGUUUGCCAGGCAUACAUAAAGCAGAGAUUCUGCAACUAUGCGACGAAGUCGACAAUCUUUCUCAUCAGCUUGGUGAUCUAUGCGCCCAUGGUCAAGGAAAUACACCUCGCGCUCAAGAUAUCGCCCGUCAAUUAUCGCAUAAACUGUAUGAGUUGAAAAAUAGAAUACAACAGGCAGUUGUAUCCAGGGUGGUUGAAGAUUUUAUCGACAUAACAACUCCUCUGAAACAAUUUACGGAUGCUGUAUUAGCUCCAGAGGGCACUCCAGGACGCGAUCAAAACUUCAAUGAUAAAACACAUGCCCUUCAAACAUUCUCUAACAGAGCAGCAAAGACAGCCAGAAUGGUGGCUGCUGGCGGAAGCGGGGGAAACAAGAAAUUAGCGGAAGCAUUGACUGCAAGUGCUUCGCAAGUUGAAUCAUUAACGCCGCAAUUGAUUAACGCUGGACGAAUUCGCAUGACGUAUCCAGAUAGUAAAGCAGCGGACGAACAUUUUGAAAAUUUGCGCCAACAGUUUGCGGAAACGAUGCAAAGGGCACGAGCAUUAUGCGACGAAGCAACAGACAGUGGAGAUUUUAUUAGAACCUCCGAGGAACAAAUGCAGAAACAUUCAUUCCUCUGCGAAGAGGCUAUUGCCAAGAGUCAUCCGCAAAAAAUGGUUGACAAUACGGCUGCUAUUGCCAGAUUGGCUAAUCGUGUGAUACUUGUAGCGAAACAAGAAAGCGAUAAUAGCGAAGAUCCUGCGUUUAUUCAAAGGGUGAACCAUGCUACGGAUAUUCUUCAAAAUAGUGUAGCGCCAAUGGUUCAAGAUGCUAAAUUGGUUGCAAUUAACAUCAACGACAGUAAUGCUGUUUCCCGUUGGAGGGAAAGCAAUCGUGCACUCUUGGCUAACGUUGGACAAGUUCGUAAGGCUAUUGUAAUUCAACCUGAUGUCAUACCCCCGCCAGAAGUAUCGCAAUUACAUCUAAAUGAUGACAAACAAUUGCCAAGCCGUCAAUAUAAUUACUUCACAGACAAAGUUGGCGAGCCUUUAAGAAAUCAGCCAUCGCCAAGCAAUUUAUGUGUCAUCAGUCCUAGUCUGAAUACAAAUAAACCCCAACGUCGCUCUUUCAGCCCAUUACCAAAGUGGGCGCGUGAAGGAGAUAACCCUGAUCUCCUAUAUCAAGAACUGGCUUCUGACAACGAGUUAGAAAAAUCAGUUCACAAUGGAGGCUAUUAUUGCAAUUAUGACAAUAAUGAUGAAGUUGCUCCACCGCGUCCGCCACUGCCUGGUGGAGAUAUUCCACCCCCUCGUCCUCCACCCCCAGAAACAGACGACGAAGACGAAAUGUUUAUGCACGCGCCGCAACCUAAUCAGCCCAUAAUGAUGGCCGCCCAUGGAUUACACCAAGAAGUACGACAAUGGUCGAGCAAGGAUAACGAGAUCAUUGCUGCUGCGAAAAAGAUGGCCAUUUUGAUGGGUAGAUUGUCAGGUUUGGUCAGAGGAGAAGGCGGCAACAAAAGAGAUUUAAUAGCUUGCGCUAAAGCCAUUGCGGAAGCUUCUCAGGAAGUGACACGUUUAGCGAAGGAACUUGCCAGGGAAUGUACCGACAAACGUAUUCGUACCAACCUCCUCCAAGUCUGCGAACGUAUACCUACCAUAGGUACCCAGUUGAAGAUACUAUCAACUGUAAAAGCUACAAUGUUAGGUGCACAAGACGAAUUGAUCGGGUGCAGUACGGAAGAAGAUCAAGAAGCAACGGACAUGCUUGUCGGAAAUGCUCAGAAUCUUAUGCAAAGUGUGAAGGAAACCGUUCGUGCAGCCGAGUGUGCGAGCAUAAAAAUACGCACUGCCUCCGGUAUGAAGUUACGUUGGGUGCGACGUCAACCAUGGUACCAAUACUGAAUUACGUUUUGCAAUAACGAAAAUGAAUUAGAACAAAUAGGUAAGACUUCCUAACAACAAAAUAUAAUCAAUUAUACAUGAUAUAUUUAAAAAAAACGUGUUCUAAUAAGGAACAACAUUCAGGUGUUUAAAAUUAAUUUAAUUUAUUUUGAUCUCUCUAUAGAUAUAUCCAACAAUUUAUACAUAUUUUUCUUAUUUUUUUAAUUUUUUUUUUUUUAUCUGUUAAAAUAUUGAAAUACCGAGAAAUGAAACUUGCAAAGUAAUGGAUUUUAUUUUCAUAAAGAACGUAAUACGUAUCGACGUAUUAUUAGGUAAGAUUAAAUCUGUUCUAUGCAUCUGAGUUUUGAUCCUUGUAAGUAAUAACCCAUAUAUAUAUAUAUAUUUAUAAACGUACUGACAAUUAAUAUAUUCAUUGCAUAAAAUUUAUAGUUUGUAACUUGCAAAACGAGCUAGUGAUUAAUAUUAGAAAGGUACUUCACGCGAAUUGGGAAACAUAUCUCAAUUGUUGGAAUAUAAUCUAAAAGUAUUUUCAGACGAUGUAUUUCGAAGCCUAUCUCUCUCAAUCUAAUUAAAAAAAAUAAAAAUUAAGUAGAGACGAUAGAGCUUAUGCCUUAUACGAAUUACCAAGGUUGCUAUAAUAUUUGUGCGUGUAUGGACAGUAAGUGUACUUCGUAUCUAAUAUCGACCUAACAUCGGCACAAUUACUAGAGCAAAAAAUUGUUAUCUAUAUUUAUGAAAAAAUGCAACUGAUCCAGGAUAGUACGAUGUAUUUUUACAAAAUCGAAAUGCGCGAAUAUAAUUUUAAUAGAUGCUAUUUACCGCAAUAUACACGUAUAGAUCUUAACAUGCAAUACUAUCGAUAAGGAAAUCUAUUUUUAUAAGUUUUAUCUAAUCGUCCCUUUUUAGAGAAUUUAUAUAGUUGUCUUUGUAAUCUUAAUUUUUUUUUUUUUUUUUUCAAACUGGUGCUAAUAUGCGUGCAAUAUAAAUACGAAAUAUUGCGAGAUAACAUGAGAGUGAGCAAUAUUAAACCAAAUAUGUGGAAUCAAUUUAAUAAUGUAAUGUUAAAAAUUGUAGAUUAAAUACUAGUACGAAAGAUACUAUGUAACACAAAGUUGGAAUAUUUGUAAUAUGUAAUAUUAACCCUAUUAAUAUUAUUGACGCUUAUAGGUGUUCGACAAAGUCGGUCACCGUAUGCUAGUAUUCCUCAAACUGUAAUCUAAGAUGUCUCGUUGGUUCAUAAACUGUCAGAAAAAAAAAAUGACGGUAUUAUACAACUAAUUAAAUUUUUAAAGUCUGAGAAAUACUGGCAUAUACUACCGACGUUCAGUUUAUUAGUGCAUUGCGCGCGGUAUAAAUUCACAAGACACUGUGACCACUUUGCGCGUCAAAGUCUUCUG